AUGGCCCGCGGCGCCUAUUCAAAUGUCGGGGGACUCGCGGGCUUCACUCGAGGGAAGCAUGAUCACUGUCAGAGGAUAAGUAUUCUCUCUUUCUUCGCAGUGAUGAUGAUUAUUUAUUUAUAUAUCGAUGCUCGAAGAGCUCGAUUACCUUCGCGAGAGGAGGAGCCAAUAAGAGGCGCUGGGUCUGAUUUUGCACUGGCUCAAGUGGGCCCGAUGAUCGACGCUUCGCGGAUUAAUGUGGAGUUGAGGCCCAUAGCUGUUGUGAAGAAGGAUAAGUAUGGUGAAGAGCAAGGGACAGUGGUUUUGAAGAUGAAGCUCACGACACUCGAGAACGAACCAGCUACCACAGAGCCACCAGUUCCCCCCGAGACUUCCCCUUCACCAUCGACGCAUGCUGUCCCCAAGACCAUCGCGACCACCCAAGCGGCCUCGGUGCCGACUCAAGCGCAGUAUACGGCUGCGGCUCCUACGAAACCAAAUACUACACCGGAGCUGAUAGAAUUCGAGUUGGUCCCGGUCACGAAGAGCGGUAAAGGGAAGAAUGAGGCUGAGCCGAAUGGUGAUGAUGAUGCUCGACUUGAGACUGUAGCCAGCGGUGAGGUUGGGAAAGUAUCCGGAGAGGUAGUGACCGCUAAGGCGCUGCCGAGUGAGGCACCAAAGGGAUCGGCAGUCAACGUGUCUGAGCGGACUCAUGAGGUUGAUAUCGUGGGGAAGAUGACUGUAGAGGGUCGAGUGGACCUCCCCUCUGAGAGUAGUGUUGGGAAAGCGACCCGGACGGGGGACAAGAGCGAUAGUACGCGUUCCCGAGGGACAGACCGGGAGGUAGAGCAGACAACGAAGAGCAUCACGAUGCCUCUGGUGAAAGCUUCCGAACCAGCGACUACCUCGUCACCUCGGGCGAACAUGGUUGAUGAUCGAACUGAAGAUAUGGCCGCGAUCGUGGAGCGUCUGGAGAAACUCGAGGCUGAGGUUGGAUCUAAAACACAACCACGGAAGGAGUCCAGAGAGGCCAGUGGUGACCAGACGAAGACUUGA